AUGAAUUUAAUAUCCGCUUCCGAUAGAGAUAUUAUCGUCCGCAUGGAUGAGACUUUGAUAGUGAGGGAUGUCUUCAGCGGCACCACAAGGAAAAUGACUGCGCCUCCUCUGAUAUCCUUUAUGUCUGGAAAGUAUUUAGUUGACAAAGAAAAAAAUUUGCAUGUUGUUGACGGACCUGUUCUUAGGAACGCUUCCAAGCUAAACAGAAACAUCUUUUGUUUAGUAGAGCAUGAGGGAACUGCAUAUGUUGCAGAUAGGUUUGGAGACGUCUACAGAAUUGAAAAUGAAGGAUGCAAAUAUGUGCUUGGAACUCUAUCGUAUUUGACGGGAAUGGCUAUAUACAACGGAAGGAUUCUAUUAAGUGAUAAGUACGGAAGAAUUCGCAUCAGUGAAAUGAAUGGAAGAAUAUUGGACUAUCGCUUUGGCUGCGACUCUAUAGAAUCUUUGGAAUGUGUUAAUGGACUCCUGAUUUCAAUAAGCAAUAAGAAUAUGGUUCUAUAUGACGAAGAGUGUUUUCCCAGAUGUACGUUUAAGCUUCCCGAAGGCAUAAGAGUUAUGAAGACCAUUACUAAAGGAAAGAACGAGCUUGUAGUCAUUUGCUUGAAUUCCUAUUUCUUGUUUAAGAUAGAGAAAAAUAGCAUUGGACUUGUUUCUCAUGUGAAAGAAUCCAUAGUUGAUGGGGCCUGCAUCGGAGAUCUCUUUUACAAGGUGCUUCCGGAUCUCACCGUUGUGGAUUGCCAGGGCAGGAUCUUCUAUGAAUAA